GUGGGUGGGGCAGAAGCGGCAAGCCUUCUUAGCAUUCCUGUUACAAGGAAGGGUAUGCUGCGUCAUAUCUUGAACUAUUGCUAUGUAAAAACUGAGGUGUCGAAUUCAAUCCAACAGGGAAUGUAGAUACUGUUCUUUCUUCAGUUACGAUUGUGAUGUGUUUACGUUGCAAUCUAUCUUAACUGUGAGAAAUUCUCUUUUUCUUCUUGCACCUGUGGGGAAUCUUCUGAGUACAGAAUACAUCUGUAAAGAAAAGAAAAAGAAAUUGAAAAAAAAAAAAUGCCUGUUCAGCUCUUGCCUACCCCCUUUAAAUCAUUUUUUUUUAUCAUCCCUUUAAACAAAACCUGUCAAUAUUCACUAUAGAAGCAUAUAUCUCAUGGCCCGAAUUCCAUCAAGAUUCUCUUUCUAUGAAUCGUGCUGGCCUUUCACCUUUUUCCCCCGACCCGUUCUUGAAUUCCUUUGCUCUGCAAAUGCUCCUGGCUUCUUUCCUUCCUCCACAGUUGCCGUGCAAGCUUGCAGGUGGUCUACAUCGAAGGCGGAGGACAGAUCCCUAGAACUUAGUGCAAGUUAUGGCGGAACAUGCAUCGGAUGAACCCGAGGAGCAGGUGGAUUUUGAUGGAGACAAUGACAUGGAGAAACUGACAGAUGAUGACAGCGAAGAACCAGCUGAGGAUGAUGGCAUGGAAGAAGCUGAACAUGAAGCAGGAGAUAAGCAGGUGGAACAGCAGUCCUCUGACGGAGAUGGGCGUGGAAAAAUUGGUCUGCCUGAUGAAAGUGAUAAUGCCAAGACCUCUGUGAAAGGCGAAGAGGAGCAGACUGCAUCAAUGGAUGAAAAUGACAGUGAGAUGCAUGCCGAAAUGCUCGCUCUUCCUCCACAUGGAUCUGAAAUUUUCAUUGGUGGUGUUCCUCGAGAUGCCACCGAAGAAGAUUUAAGAGGACUCUGUGAAUCGUUUGGAGACAUUGCUGAGCAGAUAAAGCUGGUGAAGGAUAAGGAGACUGGAGACAACAAGGGCUAUGCUUUUAUAUCAUUCAAAACAAAGGAGGUGGCACAGCAGGCCAUUGAAGAUCUCCAUAAUAAAGUAUUCAAGGGGAAAACCUUGAGAUGCUCUCUAGCUCAAGUUAAAUAUAGGUUGUUUAUUGGUAAAAUUCCCAAGAGCUUAACGGAGGAAGAUCUAAGAAAGGCCAUUGAGACGAAUGGUCCUGGAGUUGAGAACAUUGAGCUUUUGAAGGAUCCACAAAAUCCAAGCCGAAACCGUGGUUUUGCUUUCGUUGAGUAUUACAACCACGCAUGUGCUGAGUAUGCAAGAAAGAACAUGUCAAGCACGAAAUUUAAACUAGAUGGAAGCACUCCCACAAUCAGCUGGGCUGACCCUAAGAGUGCACCUGAUUCUUCUGCUGCUGCCCAGGUGAAAGCUGUGUAUGUGAAAAAUUUGCCUGACAACACAACACCAGAGCAGUUGAAGGAACUUUUCGAACGCCAUGGAGAGGUUACAAAAGUUGUUAUGCCUCCUGCUAAACCAGGGCAGAAGAGGGAUUUUGGAUUCAUUCAUUUUGCAGAGAGAUCCAGUGCAUUGAAGGCAGUAAAGGAAACUGAAAAAUAUGAAAUUGAUGGCCAUGCUGUGGAGGCUUGCCUUGCUAAACCUCAGAAUGACAAAAAGUUUGAUGCUGCCUCAAAUCCUUACAAAGGAGGGAUUCUUCCGAGUUACCUUCCACCUGGUUAUGGUUUUCCUGGGUCACCGUAUGGAACUGUAGGUGCUGGUUAUGGCACCCCUGGAUUUGGGCAGCAGCCUGUUAUAUACGGUAGAGGCCCAAUGCCGGCAGGGAUGCAAAUGGUGCCGAUGGUCCUUCCAGAUGGUCGACUUGGCUAUGUCUUACAGCAGCCUGGUUCACAGGCUCCACCAUCAUCUGCUCGUGAGCGGAGUGGUGGCCCAAGCAGAUGGCAAUGGCGGCGCGGAGAGGGGGACAGUGACAGCAAUCGUGGACGAGAGGGGGACAGUGAUGGUAACCGCGGGCGAAGGUACCGACCAUACUAAUGUUUGGCAAGUUUCCGUGCUAGUUUAUGGUAAGAUGGGGUUCUUGCUGUCCAAUACUCCAGUUCUGCUGAAGAAGAAAGGAGGAUUAGGAAUCUCUUUGCCAUUCUUUCCUUUUUCUUUUUAUCCCCUUUUUUAAAUCUUUCCUGUAACUGUUAACCUUAUGCCAAUGGGAUGUAGAAACUCAAGAGGAAUUUUCACCCUUUUGUCACUGUUCUGAUGUAAUUGUCAGGGUGUUCCCAUCUCGCUUGACAUUAAUACCAUGGUAAGGUUGUUGUACUGGAUUUACCCAUG